AUGUGUGUGGGUGUCCAGUCACCCGAGAAACAAUCUGGCACUACGAGGCUUGUUCUUCGGAUCUAUUCGGUGCCGAUACAAUCUGUCGCUGGCUUUUCGCUGAUGUGGCCCGUUUUGAGGCUUCUCUCAUUGUAUGUGGUAUACCGUGUGUGUAUCAUUGCGUACAGGCUUUCGUUCCAUCCUCUGGCAAAGAUACCUGGGCCAAAGCUACACGCCGCCUCCUGGCUACCCUUUCUCUACCAAACCAACAUAAAAGCCUCGGCACCGAAGAAGAUAGAGGCAAUGCACCGCAAGUAUGGUCCCAUCGUGAGACCCGAAUUUGGCAAGCCCUUUGAGCAGUACUUUCGUGGCGACGCCACCAGCCUUAUUGGUGCCCCCAAGAACCGUCACCGCCGAAUCCGCCGUCAGCUUGCGCACGCUUUUAGUGCUCGUGCUCUAGCGGAACAGGAAGCAACCGUGACACAGUAUGUCGAUAUGCUCCUGCAACGUUUGCAUAUUCUGGAGAACGAAGAUACGGAAUUCGACAUUAUUCCAUGGCUCAACUUCACGACAUUCGACAUAAUCGGUGACUUGGCUUUCAGCGACUCGUUUGGCAGCUUGGCAAACAAUGAGUACCAUCCGUGGGUUCUUUCCAUCUUUCAAGGAAUCCGUGGCAACGCGCUGCGCCGUUUCUUCCGUCACUAUCCCGGCCUCGGUUUCGUGGCUCGUCACCUAGGCUUGACAAAAGACCUUGCUGCCGCUGAAUGGAACCGGCACACUGCGAGGGAGAAAGCUGAGAAGCGGAUGCGACUUGGCGUCGAUGGGCCCGAUGGCAAGCAAGAUUUCAUGACUUAUAUGCUGCGGAAGACAAAGGACGGUGAAUCGGCUAUGGAUGAGGAGGAAAUUUUGUCUACAGCACCCAUCCUCGUCGUGGCUGGAAGCGAGACGACGGCCACGGCACUCGCUGGCUUGUUCUUUUUGCUUUCACAGAAUCCAGAGAAGCGCGACAUCCUUGUCGACGAAAUUUUGGAUGCGCAUCCUCGCGAAUCCGACAUCAAUAUGCGCAGCACCACCAAGUUGGAUUAUCUUCAUGCCGCGCUGGAAGAAACCCUCCGCCUCUACCCUCCCGUUACAGUUACGCCGCCGCGAGUAUCCCCUGGUGCAGAGCUUGGUGGAUAUCACAUCCCUAAAGAUACCUUGAUCUCCGUGCAUCAGUGGGCAACAUUUCGCAAUCCCGAAAACUUCCAUUUGCCUGAGAAAUUUAUACCAGAAAGAUGGCUAUCGGAUUCGCACCCAAGAUACGAUGACCGGUUUGCUAAGGACAACAAAUCUGUUUUCAAGCCGUUCAGUCAUGGCCCGCGGGAUUGCAUCGGGAAAAAUUUGGCGUACGCUGAAAUGCGUCUGCUCGCUGCGCGCGUGCUCCGUAGCUUCGACGUCAUUAUUGAUGGCCAGGCUGACUGGCAGGCUAGACAGCGGAUGUUUGGACUAUGGGAAAAGGUUCCUUUGCGUGUGCAGGUCAAGUCACGCCCAAACUCCCACUGA